AUGCCACCCCGCCGCUCGUCCCGCACAACGCGGGCAUCCGCAGAGCCAGAAUCAGCUGCACCGACAUCAAAGCGCAAGCGUGGAUCAUCAGCCAAACCUGAAGAACCCCAGGAGAUAGAGACUGUUGCCAAGCCAUCGUCACGCUCGCGCAGACCGUCCAGUCGCGCGAGCAGCGUCGGUGCACCGGCACCUGCGACGCGGAAAACGCGUGUUUCCAGGACGUCGCUCGAGCAGGUGGCGGAGAUAGACGAGGAAGACGAGGGAGAGGAGACGGAGACGGAGGCUGUUGCGCCUGCCAAGAAGAGGUCGAGAAAGUCUGACGAGUCGGUCUUUGAUGAAGAUGGGGAGGAGGAAGAGGCCCCGUCUAGAGCGCGGCGCACCACUACGCGCAAGGCACCCGCCAACAAACGCCAGACCAGAGUCGUAUCAGACGACGAGGAGGACGAGGAAGAAGUUCCCAAGCCCGCUUCCAAAGGUCGCACUAGCAGACGUGGCUCCGCCGCACCGCCAUCCUCAUCCGCGCGGCGCACCUCCGCUCGCAGUAGCAGGGGCACGAGAGGCCAGUCCGUCCUCGAGACAGACGACGAUGCACCUGUUGCAGAGACGCCCGCUAUCACGGACUUGGAUGACGACGACGAUAACGACGAACUGGCAACGCGCGCUCCCGCCAGCAAAGGACGCAAGCCCCCCUCUCGCAAAGCGUCCACCUCAUCCGUAAAGGGGCGCAAGACCGCCUCAUCCGCCAAGGCAAAAGCCAGAAUCGAAGAGCCCAUCGCAGAAGUCUCCGAACCCGAACCCGAGCCCGACGCAGAAGGCGAAGCAGAUGCAGAAGGCGAAGCGGACGACACGACGCCCAAAGCCUCGCGCACUGCCGCACCCAACGGCGCCGGCGGAAACGACUCGGACGACUCCAUGGCCGACCUCCAGUCGCAGUUCGCGCAGACGCCGCGCAAAUCCAAGCCCACCAACGCGCGCCUGCACGCCGUCGUCCGCGCCUCGCAGCAGCAGCAGGGGGCGGAAGGCGGCUCCGCGUCGCCCACGAAGUCCCCAACAAAGUCGCCGUUCGCGUCGACCAUGCCCAAACGCACGAUCGAAAAAGAGGAGCAGUCGCUCCUCGACGGGCCGCCGCGCACGCCCAGGGGAAAGGGAAAGCCGGGUGUGGUUAAUGGGUUCUCGGCGUCGCACGUGCCUGCGUCGAUGAUGCCCGACUUUGCUGUGGGCGGCGGAGAGGAGGACACGGGCCCGAAGAAGCGACUUGUGAUACAUAAGAUGGCGUUGAUCAACUUUAAGAGCUAUGCGGGGAGGCAGGAGAUUGGGCCGUUUCAUAAGUCCUUCAGCGCGAUCGUCGGCCCGAACGGCUCGGGCAAAUCGAACACGAUCGACGCGCUCCUCUUCGUGUUCGGCUACCGCGCGUCCAAGAUGCGCCAGGGCAAGCUGUCCGAGCUGAUCCACAACUCGGCCAAGUUCCCAGACCUGGACGAGUGCAGCGUCGAAGUGCACUUUCGCGAGAUUAUCGAUCUGCCAGGCCCCGACGCGUUCAAGGUCGUGCCGGGCUCGAAGCUCGUGGUGGCGCGCACGGCGUACAGGAAUAAUAGUAGCAAGUACACGAUUAACGCGCGCGCGAGCAAUUUUACGGAGGUGCAGACGCUGCUCAAGGGGCGCGGGAUCGAUCUGGACCAUAAGCGGUUUUUGAUUCUGCAGGGCGAAGUCGAGUCCAUCGCGCAGAUGAAGCCCAAAGCGCAAACGGAGCACGAAGACGGCCUGCUCGAGUACCUGGAGGACAUCAUCGGCACGACGCGGUACAAGCAGCCGAUCGAGGACGCGCUCGGCGAGAUGGAGCGCCUCACGGAGGAGCGCGGCGAGAAGCUGAACCGGCUGCGGCUCGUCGAGCGCGAGAAGAACAAGCUCGAGGAGGAGCGGCGCGAUGCGCUCGAGUAUCUGCGCCUGGUGAACGAGCAUGUGCGCGCGCAGAGUCGGCUGUGGCAGUGGUAUUUGUGGCAGUGUUUGUUGAAUGACGAGAAGUACAGCGAUAGCAUCCAAAAACUGGAGGCGGAGCUCGCGGAGGAGCGAGAGCAGAAUAAGGACGAUGUCGCGCAUGUGCGGCUGCUCGAAGAGCAUCUCGCGGAGCGCGAGCGCAUUUAUGCGGACGUGAAGGAGGCCGCGGAGGCGGCGAGCAAGGAGUUCGCUGUGUACGAGAAGAAGGCGGUUGGGCUCGAGGAGCGCAGGAAGAACGCGAGCUCGAAGGCGAACAAGCUCAAGAAGUCGCUCAAGGAGGACGAGAAAGCGCGGAUUGAGGCGGAGCGCACGGUCGAGGAGAGCGGUAGGAGGAUUGAGAAGAACACUGUUGAGGUCGAGGCGAAGGAGGCGGAGCUCAAGCGCGAGGAGAAGGCGCUCGAGGCGAUCAUGGACAGUCUCAAGGACAAAACGCAGGUAUUCCACGACCAGAUCGAGGAGAAGCAGAAGGAGCUGCAGCCGUGGAACAAGAAGAUAAACGACAAGAAGACGGCGAUCGACAUUGCUGCGAGCGAGCGCGAUCUGAUCAGGAACACUGCGGAGGCGGCAAGGCAGGAGAUCGAGCAGGCGCAGACGGCGCUUGAGGAGGCGCAGGGCGAGCAUGAGGGCAAGCUCAAUGAACUUGAUGGUUGCAAGGAACAGAGGAAUAAUCUGCAGCGGGAUAGGCAGGUUGCGCAGCGUAAGGUCCAGGACGCGCAAGGGAAGUACCAGGAGUUGCAGGCAAAGGCGUCUUCGCUACGCCAGAGGGUCGACGAGGCAAAGGCGUCGCAAGCAGCCAGCACCUCGCAGAACCGCGUCCUGGACAGCUUGACGAAGCUCAAGCAGACCGGGCGUAUUGAAGGGUUCCAUGGCCGCCUCGGCGCACUGGGCACCAUCCCGGACAAAUACGACGUCGCAGUCUCGACCGCCUGCGGCGCGCUGCACAAUAUGGUCGUCGACACCGUCGAGCAGGGCCAAGCGUGCAUCGCCUACCUGCGCAAGAACAACGUCGGCCGCGCGUCCUUCAUGGUGCUCGAGAAGCUCCCGCACGACGCGCACCUGCAGCCCGUGUCCACGCCCGAGGGCGCGCCGCGCCUGUUCGACCUCAUCAAGCCCAAGGAGGCGCGCUUCGCGCCCGCAUUCUUCAAGGGCGUCGGCAACACGCUCGUCGCGAGCGACCUCGAGCAGGCGAACCGCAUCGCGUUCAGCGGGCCGAGGCGGUGGCGCGUUGUUACGCUCCAGGGGCAGCUGAUCGAGGCGUCCGGUGCGAUGUCUGGAGGCGGGACGCAUGUCUCGCGGGGCGCGAUGAGCUCUAAGCUCGCGGCGGAGGCGGUGCAGCCCGAGGUGCUGAGGACGUACGAGCAUGAGAGCGACGAGGCGGCGCAGGCGCGCGAGGACGCGCAUCGCAGGCUCAGGGGGCUCGAGGCGGAGGUGGAGGGCCUCGAGCAGAGCGGGCCUAAGCUAGAUCUGGCUAUCGAUAAGCUGGGCAUGGCGCUGGAGAGUGUGCAGAGGAGGAUUGUGGAGCACGAGAAGCGGGUGAAGCAGCUCAAGAUACAGCACAAGCCGAACCCGAACGACGCCGCGCGCAUCAAGAAGCUCGAGCAGGAGAUCGCGUCGUCCACAGGCGAGAUGAACACCCUGCAAGAAAAGACGUCCGAGAUUGAAGACUCCAUCAAGGCCCUGCAGAAGAAGAUCGAGGAGAUCGGCGGCUCGCGCGUGCUCUUACAGCGCUCCACGAUUGACAGCAUCAAGACGUUCACCAAGCUCGGCAACGAGGAGAUCGUCAAGGCCGAGUUUGCGAAGAACAAGGCCGAGCGCGACCUUGUCAAGCUCACGGGCACGAUCGAGGCGAACCAGCAGUCGCUCGCGGAGGCGGAGCGGGAUCUGGAGGAGCUGCAGGGCCAGCUGGAUGAGAACGCGGAGUAUCUGGCUGAGCUGCGGGAGAAGGUCGACGCGGCGCAGCAUGCGGCGGAGAACUCGAGGGACGAUUUGGAUAGCCUCAAGACUCAGCUGGAGGAGAAGCGCGAGGGGAUCCAAGACUUUUUGAAGAAUGAGUUCGAGCUUGAGACCAAGCUCGGCGAAAAUAGGAAGCUAGCGGAGGACAACGACAAAAACAUAGACCACUGGAGGAAUUUGCACGAUAACCUGAGGCUUGAGGAGAUUGAUGACGACGAGGACGAAGAGGAAGGGCAAGGCAAGGACGAGAAGGGCGAAAAUACCGAGGUGAAGCCUGAUCCAGACGCUCCGAUGGCAGAAGCCGAGGAGGAUGCAGAGGGGGAGGUGAAGGCCGAGCCCACCGAUGACGCGCCCAUACCCAAGAAGAAGAAGAAAGCCCGCGGGCACGAGUCAUCAGACGAGCUGCAUAGCUACGGUGAAGAAGAGCUCUCGCAAUUCAAGAAGCGCGAGCUCUUGGCGGAUGAGCAGUUCCUUGAUGAGAAGGUCAAGAACGCGAAGCCGAACCUUGGUGUGCUCAAGGAGUACAAGAAGCGCGAGGAGGAGUUCCUCCGCCGCGCCAAAGACCUCGAUGCGAUCACCGCGGAGCGCGACGAGCAGAAGGCGAACUACGAGGGCCUGCGCAAGCAACGCCUGGACGAGUUCAUGGCGGGCUUCAGUCUUAUUUCGCUCAAGCUUAAAGAGAUGUACCAGAUGAUCACGCUGGGUGGAAACGCGGAGCUCGAGCUGGUAGACAGCAUGGAUCCGUUCUCGGAGGGAAUCAUAUUCAGCGUCAUGCCGCCCAAGAAGAGCUGGAAGAACAUCUCGAAUCUUUCCGGCGGUGAGAAGACGCUCAGCUCGCUCGCGCUCGUCUUCGCGCUGCACGUCUUCAAGCCGACACCGCUGUACUUUAUGGACGAGAUCGACGCGGCGCUCGACUUCCGGAACGUGUCCAUCGUCGCGAACUACAUCAAGGACCGGACAAAGAACGCACAGUUCAUCAUCAUUUCUCUUCGCAACGACAUGUUCGAGCUGAGCCACCGGCUGAUCGGGAUAUACAAGACGUCGAACGCGACUCAGAGUAUCUCGAUCGACAACCACCUGCUCAUGGGCGCGCCUGCACCACCUGCGUCCAUGCUCAUACCGGCCAUACCGCCCUCGACAGCUUCACCGACGAAGAUGUCGCUGUCACCCGGGAAGGUCGCUGCAUGA